UUCUAUAGUUUGUAAUGGUGUGCUUGUUUGUUGUAGGGGGUCCCUAUUGAGUCACACCCAUCUAAGCUGGUUGGAAGUAAUGGUUCUUAGAACAGAUAUUUUGAUUUUAACAAGCUAGUAGAGGUUUGUUCAUUGUCUUGAAUUUUAAUGGAGGAUGGUUUUGCUAUUCCUUUUUGUAGCAUUGGGUUCUCUCUCUUUUUGAUGUGUGUUACUUUACAGAUUACUGAAAUAGUUACCACAAAUCUCAACAAAAUAAUUGAUGUGAAUUACUACCCUGUUGAAAUUGUGAGGAGGUCCAACACGCACUAUAGGCCAAUAGGCAUAGGAGUGCAGGGUCUUGCAGAUACUUUCAUAUUACUUGGCAUGCCAUUUGAUUCACAAGAGGCUCAGGAGCUUAACAAAGACAUUUUUGAGACUAUCUACUACCAUGCUCUAAAAGCUUCUUCUGAGCUUGUUGCAAAAGAAGGCCCUUAUGAGACAUAUCAUGGGAGUCCUGUGAGCAAGAUAAUUCUUCAACCUGAAAUGUGGAAUGUGACUCCAUCUGAUCGUUGAGAUUGGGCUGCUCUGAGGGAAAUGAUUUUGAAGAAUGGACUGAGGAACUCCCUUCUUGUAGCUCCUAUGCCCACUGCUUCAACCAGUCAGAUUCUAGGCAAUAAUGAGUGCUUUCAACCAUAU